AUGACUCGUUUCAACCUUGCACUCGUUUAUAUCUUCCUGGCCGCCUGGUCGGUCAACGUUUCUCAAUCAGUUCCUUUGCCUCGGGCAAGCACUGAUACUGGCACCGUCAUUCCAUUGUCACAGGCGAGCAACGGAACCAGCGGCAAUCAUGGCAAUACUACGACUACUACCACCACUGGCAACACCAACAGCACCGCUAUCAAGACUGACAGUCUCCAAUGCAAUAUCGCCCGUGCAGUAAUUAUUACAGACCUCGGCGAAACUAACGCUCUUCUUCAACAAAUUGACACAUCCAACAGCCAAACUCUCGCCACAGCCGUCUCUCGCGCCCGAGAAGGCGUCCAAACCGCAGGAGAAGGUAUCAAGGGUAUCCUUACUGCAUUGAUAUCUGGAACGACCCCACCUGCGGAUGGCAGGAAGGUAGUUGAUCAAGGGCUUGGGACUACUUUGCAGGCGUUGACUGGGUUAAAUUCCACCGACACGGGGGUGACGAACGCGUUGAACAAGCUCAAGGACGCGAUUGCUGCUGGAGAUGAGGUUGUGGCUACCUGUCGGUAG